AUGAGCAAACGCAAGAACUGCUUUCCUUUAAAUUGCGAUUCAAAUCUCGGAUUCAACGAUGAACAGAAGAAUGGUGGGAAGAAAUUGAAACUAAUGCCAAGGAAUGUUCGAAUAGUUUUGAUUGAUUUUUCAAAUUCUUUUUUUCGUGUUGGUGAUGAUGAUCAAAAUGAGAUUCGGAGAUGGGAAUUGUUGUUGAAAAAGAAAUUUUCAUUGCAACAAGAAGGAAAGAAGAAAUGGUUAUUGAAUCGAGAAUUGAAAUAUAAACAUUUCUUUCCAAUUGAAUUCAUGAAUGACAAGGAAUUUGUACUGAAUCACACCAAAAAGUAUGGUUAUGGAUUGGAAUUUGCAUCACCAAAGCUGAAACAAGACAGAGAUUUCUUGAUGCAAGUGAUCCAAUUGAGCAAAGAUGGAUUUAAAGUGGAUGUGGGGGAAUUAAAUCAUGCAUGGAAAAUUAUUUCCGGUGGUGACAAGUGUGGUGACGAGUAUCUUAAGGAGAGACUUGAAAAUGACGAGAUGUUUUUCAAGAAAUACUUUAGAGGAAUUGAAAAAAGCCUAAACUCCAAUCGCUCUUGUUUGAAACACUCAAACACAAUAGGAAAGCGUUUCAUUGGUUGUUCGAGAUUUUAA